CACCAGCUGUGACAGAAUCGUCAAGGAACCAACAUGGGCGACGCACCCCUCCCUAGCAGCAUGAAGGCUUUGUUCUACCACAAACCGGAGGAUUAUGAGGUUAAGCAAAUCUCUACGCCCCAGUGUGGGGAGGAGGAGGUCCUUGUCAAGGUCUCGGCGUGUGGCGUAUGCGGCACAGAUCAGCAUAUCCAUCUUGGCGAGUUCAUCUCCCAGUUCCCCCUCGUUCCGGGACACGAAGUCGUAGGCCAGAUCGUGCAGGUUGGCUCGCGCGUUAUGGGGGGUUUCAAGCCCGGAAUGAGGAUCGUGGCAGAUAAUGGGAGCAGCUGUGGGAAAUGCUUUUAUUGCCGAAGGGGGCAGGAACUACUCUGUGAGGACUUUACGAGCAAGGGGUGCACCAUCCAAGGCGGAUUUGCAGAGUAUGUUGCGUUCCACGAAUCGAAGGUGUACGAGAUCCACAACCUCUCAGAUAUCGAGGCCACUCUUGUAGAGCCUGCUGCAUGUGCAGUGCACGGGAUGGACAAGCUCCGCCCUCCAGUGGGGUGCGAUGUGCUUCUGAUGGGCGCGGGGCCGACAGGGCUCAUCCUAGCUCAGCUAUUGAAGCUGAACGGCGCUGUCCGGGUCGUGCUGGCAGCGAACAAGGGGAAGAAGAUGGAGAUCGCGAAGCAGUUGGGGUGCGCAGAUGUCUAUGUGGAACUGGAUAGAGAGGACCCGGCGCACCAGUGGGAGCAGCUGAAGAAAGACAACCCGUACGGGUUUGAUGUGGUGAUUGAAGCUACUGGUGUGGAGAAGCUUGCGAAUGAUGCUAUCAACUAUGUCCGCAGAGGAGGGACCCUCAUGGUCUAUGGCGUGUAUGAUAACAAGGCGCUCGUACACUGGCCUCCUGGAAAGAUAUUUGGUGACGAGAUCACCAUCAUCGGCUCUUUCGCGCAAACAUUCUGUUUCCCGCGCGCAGUAGCUUACCUCGACAGCGGCAAAGUGAACGUCAAAGGCAUGGUGACCGACAUCUAUCCUAUCGACAGAUUUGGAGAAGCGCUCGACAAGAUGGCAAGUAGGAACUGUUUGAAGAUCGCCAUCACGCCGAAUUAAAGUAGAUGGACCGAGUUGGGUUGUCGGGAUAGGAUGGGUGAUUUUUGUACUAGAAGGGUCAUGUCAAGGAU